AUGGCUGGCGUCAAGGUAGUCAACCGGGCCGCAUACUUGAACCGCGAAGACCCGGAGAUCAGGAUCCAUUAUGUCGAGUCUUACCCGCCAUCCAACCAGCAAAAGAAAGGCACGAUUCUGCUAAUUCAUGGCUUCCCGGAAACAUCAUAUCAAUUCCGUCAUGUAAUGAAGCCCCUGGCCGAGGCAGGAUACCAUGUCAUCGCGCCGGACAAGACGGGCCACGGAUUCAGCAGCAAACCCAUUGGCAACCUGCAUCAGCAGGAUCCAUUCACGAAGAAACAGCUGGCAGCAGAUCUGCACUACCUUGUGAUGCAUCUCAUCGGAGUCAAAGACAAGAUCCAUCUCGUCGGUCAUGAUAUCGGCGGAAUGGUCGCGCACGCGUAUGUGUGUCAGUUUCCCGAAGACGUAGCCAGCGUCAACUGGGGAGAAUGUCCACUGCCAGGGUCGACCAUCUACGAGAGCCAAAAGCACACACGAGACCUAUGGCACUUUGACUUCCAGAGCCACCACCCAGAUUUGGCUGUUGCGUUGGUCCAAGGGAAGGAGAGGAUCUACCUCAAACACUUCUACGACCGGCUCACGCAGAACCAGGGCGCCUUCACACCCGACGUGGUCGACUUUUACGUCUUGCAAUUCAGUGCCCCCGACGCUUUACGCUGUGCGUUCCUCACUUAUCGGGCCUUCGAGACCGACGCGCAGCAUAACAGAACGUGGAGGGACGAGACGGGAAAGGUGAAGGUUAGGGCCAUGGUGCUUUCGGGUGCGGGUAGCUUGUUUGUCGAUGUCGCAGGAGACAUGGCACGAGAGUUCUACGACAAUGUCACUGUAGGUGUUGUACAGGAGUCGGGUCAUUAUCUGGCGGAGGAGAACCCCGAGGGCUUCGUUCGGGAGGUAUUGAGGUUCAUUGAGGCUGAGGCUUGA